GAGUGAUUGACUCACGGGUCAAGAAAUUUGUAUGGAUGCAAUGCUAGUUCCACUUUCUACAUAGAAAUUAUCUGACAAAUGCUGCUGUAUAGUACUGACUACAUAUAUAAAUCAUUGAGAACUGAACAAUUUCAUUAACCUAUUACAUAAGUUGGAACAAAACUACUUUUGCAUUUGGUAGUAGAAAGAAGCUGUUUGAGGAGUCUUGACUCCAAAGAAAUGGCAGGGGAUGGCAGUUUGAAUAGAGAAACUGUGAGUCUUCAACCAGCUGUUGAUCCUGAUAGCAAGCAAUCUUCAAAGAAGAGUGACACCAAAGAUGAAAUCACCAACACAGUGCCCUUGUACAAGCUCUUCUCAUUUGCUGAUCCUUUUGAUCAAUUAUUGAUGUUUCUGGGUACUUUUGGUGCUAUUGGGAAUGGAAUCUCCAUGCCCGUAAUGACUUUGAUAUUUGGAAAUAUGAUCAAUGCAUUUGGAAGCACCACAAACUCCAAAGAAGUUGUUGAUGAAGUUUCCAAGGUGUCUCUGAAAUUUGUAUACUUAGGAGCCGGCACCUUCAUUGCAUCACUUUUGCAAUCGACUUGCUGGAUGAUCAGUGGGGAGAGACAAGCUGCAAGAAUUAGAGGCUUAUACCUUCAAAAUAUUCUGAGACAAGAUGUGAGCUUCUUUGAUACAGAAACUAAUACCGGAGAGGUUGUUGGAAGGAUGUCAGGCGAUACUGCUCUUAUUCAAGAAGCCAUAGGUGAGAAGGUUGGACAGUUCUUAUCGCUAGUGGCAACUUUCAUUGCGGGUUUUGUUGUAGCAUUCACUAAGGGAUGGCUUCUAACUCUUGUCAUGCUAUCAAUUAUUCCACUUAUUGCCUUGUCAGGUGCUACAAUGAGCAAGGUUAUUUCAAAAGCAUCAUCCAUUGGACAAGCAGCUUAUUCUACAGCAGCAAAUGUUGUAGAGCAGACAUUAGGUUCUAUACGAACUGUGGCAUCAUUCACUGGUGAGAAGCAAGCUAUAGCUAAAUAUAAUCAAUUCUUAACUAAAGCUUACAAGAGUUUAGUUCAAGAGGCACUAGCUUCUGGUGUGGGGUUUGGUGCAAACUAUUUUGUGGGUAUCUCCAGUUAUGGAUUGUCUGUAUGGUUUGGUGGGAAGAUGAUAAUAGAGAAAGGAUAUAACGGAGGAGAAGUCGUGACUGUAAUUUUUUCUGUAUUGAUUGGAUCCUCGUCUCUAGGGCAGGCAUCUCCAAUAUUGAGUGCUUUUGCUGCUGGACAAGCUGCAGCCUUUAAGAUGUUUGAAACAAUUAAAAGAAAGCCUGAAAUUGAUGCUUAUGAUGCUAACGGGAGGAAGCUUGAUGACAUUCAUGGAGAUAUAGAACUCAGGGAGGUUUGUUUUAGUUAUCCUACAAGACCAGAUGAACUGAUAUUCAAUGGAUUUUCACUUUCGAUACCAAGUGGUACUACUGCAGCUUUGGUAGGGCAAAGUGGGAGUGGGAAAUCCACAGUAGUUAGUUUGAUAGAGAGAUUCUAUGAUCCACAGACCGGUGAAGUUCUUAUAGAUGGUGUCAAUCUUAGAGAAUUUCAACUGAAAUGGAUCAGACAGAAAAUAGGCCUAGUCAGCCAGGAACCAGUUCUCUUUACUUGUAGCAUUAAGGAAAAUAUUGCCUAUGGAAAGGAUGGUGCAACUGAUGAAGAAAUCAGAGCAGCAGCAGAACUUGCUAAUGCUGCCAAAUUCAUUGAUAAACUUCCUCAGGGACUAGAUACAAUGGUUGGUGAACAUGGAACUCAGCUAUCUGGGGGUCAAAAGCAGAGAGUUGCAAUAGCUAGAGCAAUUCUGAAAGACCCAAGAAUCCUACUUCUGGAUGAAGCUACAAGUGCUCUUGAUGCUGAAUCGGAGAGAAUUGUACAAGAAGCUUUGGACAGAAUAAUGAUAAACCGAACAACUGUCAUUGUAGCCCAUCGUUUAAGCACUAUAAGAAAUGCUGAUACCAUUGCUGUUAUUCAUCAAGGAAAAAUUGUUGAAAGAGGUUCACAUGCUGAUCUCACCAAGGAUCCUGAUGGAGCCUACAGCCAGCUUAUUAGACUGCAACAAAUGAAGGGAUCAGAACAGAAUGUUGCAAAUGAUGCAGAUAAGCCAAAAAGUAUAGUGCUUGGUGGAAAACAAUCAAGUCAAAGAUCUUCUUCCUCAGCAUCUAUAAGCCAAAGAUCAUCUGGAGUUGGAAACAGUGGUCGUCACUCGUUCUCAGAACCUACAAGUGGAGGACCUAAAGCUCCUCCUUCAACAGUGUCUUCACCAAAAGUGCCUCUUUAUCGCCUCGCUUAUUUAAACAAGCCUGAAAUUCCAGUCUUACUGCUAGGGACUAUAACUGCAGUGGUGAAUGGAGCAUUAUUACCUAUUUUUGGUCUCUUACUUUCCAAAAUGAUAAGUAUUUUCUAUGAGCCAGCUGAUGAACUUCGAAAAGAUUCAAAAGUGUGGGCACUGGUGUUUGUUGCACUUGGUUUGGUGUCCUUCCUCAUUAUUCCAUGUAGGUCCUACUUUUUUGGUGUUGCUGGCGGUAAGUUGAUCAAAAGGGUCAGAAAAAUGUGCUUUGAGAAAAUAGUUCACAUGGAAAUAAGCUGGUUUGAUGAAGCUGACCAUUCAAGUGGAGCACUAGGAGCAAGGCUCUCUACUGAUGCAGCUUCUGUUCGAGGUUUGGUUGGGGAUGCACUUGGUUUGCUGGUUCAACACAUUGCUACUGCAAUAACUGGCUUGGUAAUUGCUUUUGUAGCCUGCUGGCAACUUGCUCUUAUAAUCCUCGCUUUGGUGCCUCUGUUAGGAUUAAAUGGAUAUUUGCAACUGAAGUUCUUGCAAGGGUUCAGUGCAGAUGCAAAGAAAUUGUAUGAAGAUGCGAGUCAAGUGGCAAAUGAUGCUGUUGGGAGUAUAAGAACUGUUGCUUCUUUCUGUGCUGAAGAGAAGGUGAUGAAAUUAUACCAGGAAAGAUGUGAGGGACCAAUUAAGACUGGCAUAAGGCGAGGGAUAAUAAGUGGAAUUAGUUUUGGGUUAUCAUUUUUGGUGUUGUAUGCAGUUUAUGCAUGCAGUUUUUAUGCUGGAGCUCGUCUUGUAGAGGAUGGAAAAUCAACAUUCUCAGAUGUUUUCCGAGUCUUUUUUGCUCUCAGCAUGUCAGCUUUGGGAGUCUCUCAAUAUAGCUCCUUGGCUCCAGAUUCUAAUAAUACAAAAGGUGCUGCUGCUUCAAUAUUUUCUAUUCUUGAUAGAAAGUCACAAAUAGAUGCUAGUGAUGAAUCUGGCAUGACAUUGGAAGAAGUCAAUGGAGAAAUUGUUUUAAACCAUGUUAGUUUCAAGUAUCCUACCAGACCUGAUGUUCAAAUAUUCAAAGAUCUUUGCUUGACCAUUCACAGUGGCAAGACUGUUGCACUGGUUGGAGAAAGUGGAAGUGGAAAAUCAACAGUGAUCUCACUACUACAAAGAUUUUAUGACCCGGACUCGGGAAACAUUACACUGGAUGGAAAAGAAAUCCAAAGACUGCAAGUGAAAUGGCUAAGACAGCAGAUGGGCCUGGUAAGCCAAGAGCCAGUACUGUUUAAUGAAACUAUUAGAGCUAACAUUGCAUAUGGAAAAGGAGGAGAUGCAACAGAAGCAGAAAUCAUAGCUGCAGCAGAACUAGCAAAUGCCCACAAUUUCAUUAGUGGUUUGCAGAAGGGUUAUGACACGAUAGUCGGGGAGCGAGGAGUUCAAUUAUCUGGGGGACAGAAGCAGCGGGUGGCAAUUGCGCGAGCUAUUGUGAAGAAUCCAAAGAUAUUAUUACUAGAUGAAGCCACCAGUGCACUUGAUGCCGAGUCUGAAAAAGUGGUUCAGGAUGCACUUGACCGUGUUAUGGUAGACCGAACCACAAUAGUAGUGGCUCAUAGGUUAUCUACUAUUAAGGGUGCAGAUUUAAUUGCAGUGGUUAAGAAUGGUGUUAUAGCAGAGAAGGGAAAGCAUGAAGCAUUACUCCAUCAGGGAGGUCAAUAUGCUUCCUUAGUAGCAUUGCACACAAGUGCUUCUUCAUCUUAGUACCACUUUCAGCUUGUUGGUACUUUUAUCUAAGCAAAAUCAGAUGCACAGGAUUUAUGUCCUUAGUAAUUUGGCAAGUUUAAAUAGUAAAUAGUAAAUAGUAAAUACCACUCUGAAUGGCUUUAUGUUUCACUUUUUCUCAAAUGUUGUUACAUAUAAUUCUCACUUGCAGUGACAGCUUCAUAAAUUAUAAGUUGUGAGGCAACACAUGUAAAAUUAUAUAAUUGAAAAAUAAUUUAUUACUUUUUAAAAUUUAAUAUAUA